CCUGCUGCUGCUCGGUGUCCGCACACGGUCCGUCUCGUCAGUGUUGAUCGGCUCGCCAUGGCGGAAGGACGCAGAGAACAGCCCCCCCAUCCGCUCUUCUCCAUACCACCGGCCAGCAAGCGACCCUGCCUGCGCCCCGCUCCCCGAGGUCCCGGCCCAGGGCCCGGCCACGGCAGCGGGUUGACCAACUCCCGGUACCGUUCCCCGGAGUCCCUCCUGGACUGCGCCGCGAAGGCAGUAGCGGAAAAGUGGGCCUUCGAGAGAGUAGAAGAGCGCUUCGAGCGGAUCCCGGAGCCCGUCCAGCGCCGAAUCGUCUACUGGUCUUUUCCCCGCAACGAAAAGGAGAUAUGUAUGUACUCUUCGUUUCAGUGCCGCGUCGCCGGCGAGGAGGGUCCGUCGGCAGCCACCGGUGGUGCUGGCGGCGCCGGGUCCGGAGCUACGACUGCCGGCGGCGGCGGCGGCGGCGGUGGAGGAUCUACCGCCGGUACGACGGCUACCGUGGGGGCAGCCGGAGCGGUGGGAACGGGAGACGGACUGCCAUUCCGCCGCGGCAUCAGGCUGCUAGAGACCGGCUGUGUGGAAAACGUUUUACAAGUCGGGUUUCACCUCAGUGGCACAGUAACUGAACCCACCACAUCGUCAGAGCCAGAGGUCACCCACAAGGUGGCCAUCAGCUUUGACCGCUGCAAAAUCACUUCAGUCACCUGUGGCUGUGGGAACCGGGACAUUUUUUAUUGCGCGCAUGUGGUGGCGCUCUCCCUUUACCGGAUUCGCAAGCCUGAACAGGUGAAGCUGCGGCUGCCCAUCUCAGAGACGUUGUUCCAGAUGAACAGAGACCAGCUGCAGAAGCUGGUCCAGUAUCUGAUAACAGCCCACCACACUGAGGUGCUGCCCACUGCUCAGAAACUGGCUGAUGAAAUCCUCUCCUCCAACUCUGAGAUCAACCAGGUCCAUGGUGCUCCAGACCCGACUGCAGGCGCCAGCAUUGAUGAUGACAACUGCUGGCAUCUGGACGAGGAUCAAGUCAGGGAGCAGGUCAAACAGUUUCUAUCCCAGGGGGGAUACUAUGGCUCUGGCAAGCAGCUCAACUCCAUGUUCGCUAAGGUGCGGGAGAUGCUACGAAUGCGAGACUCCAACGGCGCCCGAAUGCUGACGCUCAUAACGGAGCAGUUUAUGGCGGACCCUCGUCUGUCGCUAUGGAGACAGCAGGGCACGGGCAUGACGGACAAGUGUCGGCAGCUGUGGGAUGAACUGGGUGCAUUGUGGGUGUGUGUGGUGCUAAACCCCCACUGUAAAAGUGAGGAGAAGAGCGGCUGGUUGAAGCAGCUAAAGAAGUGGGGGGACAUGGACGUCUGCCCACUAGAGGAUGGCAACUACGGCAGCGAGCUUCCGAACAUCACCAAUGCUCUGCCGCAGAGCAACCUCGCACAGGACUCUCUGUCCAGGCCAAGGAGGACAGUGUUCAGCCGGGCCAUUGAGGCCUGUGACCUCCACUGGCAGGACAGCCACCUCCAGAGGAUCAUCAGCAGCGACUACUACAUGUCUCCAUCCUACCAGAGAGAGGGAGAGAGCCUGCUUUUCAACCCACAGGGGCUGCCACUCUGGCUGGACCACGUCCCAACAGCAUGCGCCCGCGUUGACGCCCUGCGUUCCCAUGGUUACUCCAGGGAAGCCCUGCGAUUGGCCGUUGCCAUCAUCAACACGCUCCGGCUUCAACAGCAGAGACAGAUGGACAUCUACAAACACCAAAAGAAAGAGCUUCUCCAGAGGGGUGUUACCUCCACCACCAACCUGGAAGGCUGGGUGGGUCAUCCCUUAGACCCAAUUGGCUGUCUGUUCACCACGCUCACCGAAACCUGCCGUGUGGAUGAAGACAACAACAUGGACACCGGAGAAGGAGAACCCAGACCUCCAGUCUACCACCAUGUACCAGUGUGGGGUAGUCCUGAUGGUGGGGAGUCAUACCUGACCCUAGCCUUAGAGGUGGCUCUGAUGGGUAUGGGCCAGCAGAGGAUAAUGCCCGAGGGCCUGUAUGCUCAGGAUAAGGUGUGCCGUAACGAGGAACAGAUUGUUGCAAAACUUCAAGAACUGGAGCUGGAUGAUCUCUUGGUUCAAACUCUUCGGAAACAGGCCAUACAGCUACUAGAUGCUGGUCCGUUUAGUGCUCUAGGUGAAGUCAUCCACAGGGAGAGCGUACCCAUGCACACCUUCGCCAAGUACCUCUUCUCUGCCCUGCUGCCACAUGACACAGACCUGGCAUAUAAGGUGGCUCUCCGCGCAAUGAGGCUGCCGGUGCUGGAGUCAUCAGCAGGCUCCGGGGACGUGGGCCACCCUCACCAUGGUAUCUCUAUAGUUUCAAGUAGAUACCCACGCUGGUUCACUCUUGGACACCUGGAGUCACAGCAGUGUGAGCUGGCCUCCACCAUGCUUACUGCUGCUAAAGUUUUACAUUUUCCUUUGUCUGCAGGUGACAUGUUGAGGUUGCGGACAGUGCUGGAGGCCAUCCAGAAAAACAUCCACUCCUCUUCCUUAAUCUUCAAACUGGCCCAGGACGCCUUUAAGAUAGCCACACCCGCAGACAGCCCACCUGAUAUAACGUUGCUCAACGUGGCACUGGAGCUUGGACUGCAGGUGAUGAGGAUGACUCUGUCCACCCUGAACUGGAGAAGGAGAGAGAUGGUCCGCUGGCUGGUAACCUGUGCCACUGAAGUCGGUCUGCGGGCAUUGGUGAGCAUCUUACAGAGCUGGUACACUCUCUUCACGCCGACCGAGGCCACCAGCAUUGUGGCGGCCACUGUCAUGUCCCACAACACCAUCCUGCGCCUCAGCCUUGACUACCCCCAGCGCGAGGAGCUGGCCAGCUGUGCGAGGACCCUGGCCCUGCAGUGCGCCAUGAAGGACCCCCAGAACUGCGCUCUGUCAGCUCUGACACUCUGCGAGAAGGACCACAUCGCCUUCGAGACGGCCUACCAGAUCGUGAUUGACGCAGCAUCCACGGGAAUGACGUACUCCCAGCUGUUUACCAUUGCGAGGUACAUGGAGCACAGAGGAUACCCUCUGCGGUCAUUCAAAUUGGCCUCCCUCGCCAUGACCCAUCUUAACCUUGCUUACAACCAGGACACACACCCAGCCAUUAAUGACGUGCUAUGGGCCUGCGCGCUCAGCCACUCUUUGGGUAAAAAUGAGCUUGCAGCCAUUAUUCCCUUGGUGGUGAAGAGUGUGCACUGCGCCACGGUGUUGUCUGACAUCCUGAGACGGUGCACCAUGACGGCACCGGGUCUCGCCGGCAUUCCCGGGAGACGGAACUCUGGGAAGCUGAUGUCAACAGACAAGGCGCCAUUGCGGCAGCUCUUGGAUGCCACGAUCUCGGCGUACAUCAACACCACGCACUCUCGACUGACGCACAUCAGUCCAAGGCACUAUGGAGAGUUCAUAGAGUUCCUGAGCAAAGCAAGGGAGACUUUCCUGCUGGCACAGGAUGGCCACAUUCAGUUCGCCCAGUUCAUAGACAACCUGAAACAGAUCUACAAGGGCAAGAAGAAACUGAUGAUGUUGGUCAGGGAACGCUUUGGCUGACCUUACCCCUCCCUCACAGGGACACUCUCCCUGGGAAGUAGUUAAACUUAUUUGUUUUUAUUUAAGGUUUUUAGAUUCUUUGUAUUUUUACUUAUGUUGAGCCAUUUGUUGACUAAGUCAUAAGUUUUUGCCCCUGUUUUGUUGUUUUGUUUCUUGAAUGUGAACCAGGAAGUGUUUGCAGUACAUUGCUCUACUUCAUUGAGACUGCAAAAGGGGGAAACGGCUUGAAAUGUCAAAGAAACACCAACAAAAACAAAGCAUUUUUCCCCUCCAACUAAUGCUAAAUCUAAUAUGAAACAGUCAAAAAAUUGUGAUGACAAAGAAGCAAAAGGAACAUUUGUUUUUCAGCGGCACAUGAUGAUAUAAAAACCAAAUGAUUUUUGUUGGAUGGGGUACAUACUUUGAGCCAGAAGACGCUUUCAGCUGGGGUUAAGAAGAAGAAGUGUUUUUCAAAGUGGAAGAAACAAGUCAUUCCAAAAAAAAAAAACACUGAGGUAGAAAACACGCAUAGUGUUGUUGUCAUACCUCGACUGUAUUAUUUGUCAGCUUUAACUUCUCUAUCAGAAAAAUGGCCUCUUGUUUCAUUCAGGGCAUCUUAGAGUACAGAGGGUAGAAUACAGAACUACAUGUGUGUGGUCUCUCUGAAGAAGAAGUCAGUACCAACAGGUUUAAAAACUUGACUAAAGCCACUCUAGACUACACCUGCUGGUCAGUGCUUUUCAUUCAGAAUAUCUAAAGAAGAAGAACCAUGUUGCUUCACAGAGUGCAUGUUCUCAAAUCCAGCAGCCUGAGAGUGACAUUAUUAGGCUGUUCUAGCUAAGGUAGGGUAGUAGAGCCUCCACAUGCACAUAUAUAUACAGUAUAUCGCCUAACUCCUCCUACAAGCUUAUUAAUAGUGACAAAAUACAAAUGUGAUGAAUGGUUGGGUCACAGUAUGCCCACCUCUAGAGAUACCACUGCACUGCUAUACAGCUAUUUGUGGCCAAAACCUUUUAAAUCUAUACGAAUCCAUUGAUCACUUUUCACAUGCUAGAUCAAGUCAAUAAGCAAUAUAAGUCAAGUCUGCUUCGUUUUUACCAUCUAGCGGCAUCAAUUUCACCUUCUUGUAUUCUGUUAGGGAGCCUUGGGACAUGUUGGGACCUUGUUGAUUUCAGUGACUGCUAGUGGUUAACUCUGCCAGUAGCUAAAGUCCCUUUUCCAUUUGAAAAAACUUUUGUGGAAACUCAGGAAUUCUUUGUUUCCCAGAACUUUUGCAUGAACCCAGAGCAUUACCCCAUUUGAAGAGCAGAAACAGUUAUAAUUUUGGUUCUUUUUGUCAUAGUUCCAACCCACAAAAAGCCCUGUCAGUCUAGAUAGUACUAUUUAAGAAUUGCUAUAAAUUCUUGGGGUGAAGGUAACAGAAGUUACCGUCAUUAAUUCGUCAAACAAGCACUAUAUAUGUAAAUAACACCCAGUAUUGUCUGAAUUAAUAGUAGCAGCAAAAGGAAAUAAGUAAUGAAAAAUUAAUUAACCUUGGACUGAUUACGGUAUAAGUUCUACCUUGUAUAUCUUGUCAGCUGAAACGAAUCAGCUAUGUCUAGAGUUGAAAAGCUGUCUAAAAUUUUUUUCCAUGAAUUUAUAGUAGAACUAAGUUUAAACCACUGAUAAGGCUGCACUAAUUGUUUUUUUUAUGUUAGCAAUAGAUCAAAUAAAUAUGCGUAAUGUGUUAGGGGUUACUCUCAGACUCACAGUGACAAACCCACAAUUAUCACCCGACUCUGCUUUUCCCCUCAGCACUAUGAAGCGUCGUUUUAGCAUCAUUUAGCUAACCGUUUAGGUCUUCUUUCAGCAAGGCAUCUGUAGUACACCACCUGCCCAGCACCAAACGGCAAGCAGUCAAAGUUACUAGCUAGCUAAUGAAUAUACUGGAGGUUUUAGCUACCAAACAACCAGAAUUUCUUUCUCAAGUGAUAGUAGAGAGCAAAGCAGUGCUAAAAAGAGAGGGAAUAUUGAGCUAACAUUUGUUAGGUGGCCGGAAGAAUGGCUAAAUGAACGCUCAAUGCUGCUAGACGUGUAAAUUAGCAACUGUUUGCUCACACGUUAGCUAAACCAACUUUGUAAAGAUGAAUUAAUGGUGGUUUAAGUAGUGUUUGGAUAUACUAAAACACAAAAGGAAAUUGGCUAACAUUUAAAAAAAAAAAAAAAAAAAAAGGUGGAUAUUUAAAACAUUAAAAAACAUAAUAACUGUAGUAAUUGCACUUCUCCCGUGGCUAAUACAAAAAUGAACACGCUAAAGAAGCUUUUUGUGGUUUCAACCCACUGUUGUCUCCUGAACCUUUUAGUUUCUCCAGUUCUUAAAUCUUGAUGGAAAAGGGUCUAUAGUUACUAAAGCUAAUUACCUGUGAAUGCUACUGGUUGUGAUCAUCCUGGACUGUGAAGAUGAGUGGCCGUGUCAAUCUCAAGGGGUUGCAGUAACACAGUGCACAUACAGAGAAUACUGUCUAUUUUAUGACUUAAUGAUGUAAUCGUACAUACUUGAGACAACAUGCCUUGGCACAGUAAGUUGUUUUUCUUUAUGGGGGUUGUAUAUGGCCCCUUUCUUACCCAGUGGCAAUGUGUUGUUAAUGGCAGUAUACAGUACAGCAAGAGCUUGAAUCUUUACUGGUCGGACUGGUCAUCAUACAAGCACUUCACACAAAUACCUCUUCAGUACGUUCCUGCCUGCUUCAGCAUUUAUUUAUUGAUUGUUUAGUAACUUUGAAUGACUCAGUAGGAAUCGCAGACACAAAAACAGAACAGGACUAUAGAAAAAAAAAAAACCACAACGGAAGAGUCAGCCUAUCGAUGGCAGGAGAAUAAAAGAAUAAGGUUUUUGAAGUGAGGAGCAUUUUUUUUUGUCUGCUUUUACAUUCCAUGAGAGCUACCUUCACCCACUACCUGGGUAGUCAGUCACAGCUCUGGGCCUUUUUUGAUCUGAAGAAGCGCAGAUAGAAGAAUGAAAAAAGGAAAAUUGAGCAAAAGAGAGAAAACAGAGGCUAAACUCAGUUCUCAGGGACAUCACUUAAAGAAACAAAACAAAAAGUAGUAGCAUUUAAGAUAUUGUAAAUAUUAAAGUGUCAAUUCAGAAAAUUGUAAAGUUAUAAUUAUUUAUGAUAAGUAUGUUAUGUUUUUCUUUAUUUUUAUGUUUCUUGUUUUUUUUUUGGCGGGGGUGUACUUGAAUUGUUUUGGACGGGGAAAUCUGAUGGCGUUUUUUGUAAGAGCAAAGACUUCAAGGCAUUUCUCAGGUGCUCCUGUGUACAUUUCUUUCAGUUGGUUUUUGCUAUUAUAACUAUUAUUAUUUGUGUUUUUUUGAUUUUUAGAUUUGCAAAGAAAAAUAAUCUGUUUUCCAAAAGGAGACAUGUUAUUCGGAGGUGAGGAAAAUGAGUAAGGCAUUCAUUUGUAAACAUACAUACUAAACCUGACUAUGCAGAACCACUUUGAUGGUCUUAUCACCUCUUAAAGAUGCCCUCUAAAAACUCGGGAGGAAGAGACACAGUGGACUGAACUACUAUUAAAGAGGGGGGGGGGGCGGACAAAGACAAGACCUAGCAUGCUUGUAUUUGGACAAUGCGCAGUAGCCAGCCUGCAUUCGCUGCAACAUAUAGAGGAGAAAAAAAAAAAAAAUGGUGGAAAAUGCCUUUCUGACCGAUCAAUGUACAAAGUAUAUUUUUGCUUUUCUUCUUUGUUGGUUUUAUUUAAUCAGGACUCAAGCCUUUAGUGUCUUCUCAGAGGUGUCGUGUUGUGUGGCAGCACCGCAGUGAGACAGAACAAUACACAAAUGUCAGAGUCAGAAACAGCAACUGUAUGAACAAAAGAGACGGCCUGUGGAUGACCUUGUGUUCAUUCCUCAUUUGUUAUCAUUUGUUUUGUUUAUUUUUCAAAUUGCUUUCUCAACUCCCAUCAGCCUACAAAACUGGCUGAGUUCACCUCUUCUAUCUCACUAGCAUAGUUUUGUUUUCUAAUUUUCUGUCGUUUCUCACCUCGUUCCCUCUCACACGGGGAGAAUUUUGGUUUCGUAGCAAUGCAUCGAUGUGUCAGUGACCAGCUUUCACUGCAGCCACUUCCUCUGUUGUCCUACCGUAAAGCACGGGAGAUAUCAGUGCUCUGCAGCAGCCUUGUUUCUGGACAAAGUCAACUUUUGACAAAAACUAGUAGGUUUUCAUCUUUUUUUUGCUGCAAGGUUUCUACAUAAUGUGGAUAAAAAAGGUUGAAUUAAUUUUUCUUGGCUACUACAUUAGCAUGAUAAGGAUGUUUUCUUAAAUUAUAAAUGAAAGAGGGAUAUUAUUUUACCAGUUUCUUAACUUGGAAGCUCCAGUCAGCUGCCUUUAUGUGAUACAUUAACUGACAGCAUUACAACAAAGAAGUUCCUCCCUCGUAACUGUUUUUCUCUCUGUGUUAACUGUAUCAGCCAGUUCCUUUAGGUUUUUCUUAAUUUACCCCUUUCUUUCUUUUUUUUCUCUUUCUUUCUUAGGACAGUACUAUUUGCUGGUAGAGAUCUAGUUCACCUACUGUUUCCCAAUUUGUUUUGUUUUGGAUUCUUUCUAACUUAAGGGAAAAUUGAAAGUGUUUGUUGCUUCUUUGUGCUACUGAUUAUGAAAAGGUAUUUCCAGUAUUUGUUGCCACAGAAGUAUGAUAGCUUAUCAUCAACACUUUUUUUUUAAUUUGUAAUUUUUUUGUGCGACUUCUUGAGCUACUGUCUAUAAAGCAAGAAUUUAUUACUAUUUAUGUAACGCUACUACCAUUUUAUAUUGAUUUGUGUUGGAAUCUCAGUGCUUUUCU